AUGUCCGACCAGGAUUUGAGGAACGCAAUUCUCCGGCUCACUGAACUGGUAGCUAGCCAACAAGAGCAGAUUCAACUUCUCAACCGAACCGGUCAAGCCAACCAACCGGGAAGUGAGAAAAUCAUCGAAUCGUUGGCCACGAGAAUUCAAGACUUCUACUACGAUCCUGACGGUGGAGUGUUUUUCGAUGCAUGGUUCGCGCGCUACGAGGAUAUCUUCAAAGUUGACGGCAAGAAUCUGGACGAUCCGGCGAAGGUGAGGCUACUCUUAAGGAAGAUCGGCACCAAGUUCCAUGAGCGGUACGUAAACAGUAUCCUGCCAAAGCAUCCCCGCAAUUUUGGCCUGGACGACACGGUGAAGAAACUUAAGAAGCUAUUUGGCCGCCAAACCUCGCUGUUUAACGAUCGCUACCGUUGUCUACAAUAUGUCAAGAACGAAGCAGACGAUUUUUCAAGUUACGCUGCCUCUGUGAACAAGCACUGCGAAACAUUCCAGCUGACCAAGCUCACCGACGACCAAUUCAAGGCACUACGUUUUGUUUGCGGUCUACAAUCUCCCCGCGAUGCAGACAUCCGAACUCGAUUGAUCGGUAAGUUAGAAGCUGAAGAGCAUGCUCCGCCAGCAGACGACACGAAGCUCACACUGGAAAAUCUCGUCGAGGAGUGCCAUCGGUUUAACAAUCUGAAGCAGGACACCAAGAUGGUAGAGAAGCCCGUUCCGGAAAAAUCCGUCGUCAACGCCGUUUCUACCAAGCCUGCUAAGAAGAAGCAACCGAAAUCUCCGUGCUGGUUCUGCGGUGAUUUACACUUUGUGAAGGAAUGCCCCUAUCAAGACCACAGCUGUAGCAAGUGCAAACGGAAGGGGCAUAAAGAAGGUUACUGCUCAUCCGUGGAAUCAAAACCGAAGUCUGCAAAGGAAUUCGAAAAACCGAAAUCCAAGGAAUAUGUGAAGUCCAAAGGAAUUUCGGUGAAACGCAUCGAUCUCCAAGGGAAGAGGAAAUACGUUACCGUCGGAAUCAAUGGCAACGAUUCUGUUCUCCAGUUGGAUUGCGCUUCCACGCUUCACGAUCAUUUCUACGCAAACCUGGAAGGCGAUCGGAAAACCAGCCAUCAGCGAAACCGAAAUCACCACCAUCAGCGCUUCCGGAAAUAA